GGGGUCCCGGCGCGGGAAGGGGAGGGGCGCUGCGCGGCCGAGCUCCGUGGUGUCGCGUGUUUUGCGCCCCGCGGGAGGGGGCCGCGCCGUGGCUGUCCCGGACCCGCGCGUCCAGCCCCGUGAGUCCCAGGGGAGCUGACGGGGCUGCGGGCGCCCAGGCGCGCCCCCUCUUCCUGCACCGGGCCGGCUGCGGGGUGCUCGGGUCUCCGCGGAGGCGGGCCGGGCUGGAGGCGCCGGGUCCCCCGCGUCCCGGGCCGGGCAGCGGGGUGGGCGGGGAGAGGCGCCUCCCCGGAGCCCCGGGCCGGGCAGACGGCGGGCACAGCGGCCGCUCGCUCCUGUUGCCGCCUCCCGCGUCAGAGUUUUCUUUGGAAAGUUGCAUUUAUUUUCUUCCCUUGUCUCGGCUUCACCGGAAAGGGGCAGGAUGAGUCACCGUGGCGCGCACAGUCCGGGACCUGGGAGCCGGGAAAGGGGUCGGCGGUCGGGACGACGCGGGGUGCUCGGGCGCGGGCCAACUUGCUUGGGGAGGAGUGAGGGGUUAUUAAGGAGGGAAAGGUGGCUGAGCCCUUUCGGACGUUAGUCUUGGGGCUUGGCUCUGGGCAGAGAGUUGGGCUGGAGUGUGUGCCCCGUCCUGCGCCUCGGUUAUUCCUCAUGGGAGGAGGAAAAAGAGAGGGUGUCUUUAUCCUUGCCUCCCGGGCUCAGGUAGGGAUGGUGAGAAUCCUGAGAUCAGCAGACAGGUGUGAUGAGGUGAUAUCUGGGCACCCACUACAGCUUCUCAGGGCUCUGGGCUUACGCAUGGCAGGCCUGCUGGAGAGGGCCCCAGGGACCCGCAGGGUUGCUCCUGAGUGAGGGUCAGUCCUUCCUGUAGUCUCCUGUUCUCCCCAGGCGCUGCAGCCCUGUCAGUUGAUCUUGCCCUUGACCUCUGAAUCAGUUUCCUCUUCCUGACAGACACCCUUGACCUCAGCUUUCCCCCGCUCCCCAGGGCCACACCUUCCCCUUUCUUUUUUCCCAAGGGGCCAGAGUGGAGGGUAGGGAGGGGUUUGGCAUGGUGGGUACCUGCUGAGGACUUGCCCUUCAGCUGUUACACGGACCCGAUCCCAGUGGAGCAGGGACUAAGAAUAGCCCAGCUGCUGUCUUGCUGCCCUGGAGUCUGCAGCCGGGCACAGCCAGUGGACCGGGGCCUAGAGUGACCCUUGCUGGGCUCCUGAAGGCGUUGCUCAGGGGUUGGGGUGAGGCCCUGGGGGCUUCUGGCUGCCUUUCAUGAUGCACGUAGCACUUCAGAGCAGGACAGCCUUGGUGUUGGACUCACCUGCCCAAGGCCUGGGGAACAGGCUGGCAUAUGGGGGUGGGGAGGGCAGGGCCAGGAAGCGUAGGCUGACGAUUUCCUCAGGCUUCCCUACAGAGCAACUUCUAGGGUGUGAAUACAAAGUUAUUUGAGGUCACAGUCCUUUUUGUUGGAUGGGUCUCAUCCUCUCAUUCCUCCCUUAUCUCCUCCCCACAAGCUUGUCUGGAGCUGGGACUCUGUUGUUCUAAAAGUGCUCAGAAAAAUGGAGCUCGAGUCAGCAGGAUGAAUCUGAAGGUACAGAUACAGUUGUGGGUGAACGUACAGCUGUGGACAUUCAGGCCCCACCUUAGUGGAGAUGUGACUGGGGCGGGGUGGGGGGAGUUUUCCUUCGUACUCACGGGGUGUAUAGUGAACUCGCCUGUUCCUCCUGGCUCUGAGGUGUCCCGAAGGAGGAGCUGGACAGUGAUCCUUGGUGGCCCAGUGAGGUACCUCCAGGCCACUGGGUGGUGGGAGGAUGGCAUGGAUUCCCCUCUCUCAGCCUGGGUAGGGCUCUGGAGUCAGAGAGGCAGGGAUCGUCUCAGGACUCCAAAAGUGAAAUUAAGCUCUAUCAUCUGGACCAUUGGAGCCUGAUAACACAGCAUUAUGGAUAACAACCCAGACUGUCAGGUGUUUGUAUCCUGGCUGCUCCAAACUGGCUGUGGGACAAAGGGCACGUUACUUAACCUCUCUUAAGUCUCAGUAUCCCUGGCUGCAAAAUGGGGUUGAUAGUAAUAAUGAUAAUAUCUACUCUGUAGCUUUGUUACUUAUUAAAUAAUAAAUAGAACAAAUAUAUAUGUAAAUAUAUAAUUAUAUAUAUCUAAAACGUAAAAGAAACACUAUAGCUUUAUUAAACCAUACAUAUAGAGCACUGGACUGUGUGCCUGAUAGGUAACAAGCGCUCAGUAAAUAUUAGCUGGUAUUAACUAUAUCUACUAUAUCUACACCUGUGACCCAGUGGACAGCAGCACAGCCUGGGCAGCUGUUCUUGGGUUCUCCUGUAGACCUUUGUUUCUUUGGGACCAAGGCCUCCUGGACUUCGGGGAGUAGGUAUGACUCAUUGAGACUGGCCUCUAGCACUCAGAUGCCUGGGUCUGAAUCCCAUUUCCUCUUGCACAAGUUACUUCACCUCUCUGUGCUUCAACUUCCUCCUCUGUAAAAUGAGGAUAACAGUACCUGCCUGGCAGUAUUGUGAGGCUUCAACGAGCUGAUUAAAGCUCUGAGCCCAGCAGCUGCAAGUAAAAAGAGCUUGAUAAAUGUCAGCUGCUGUCAUUCGGUAACAAUGGAGGCAAUCAUUGUGGCUUACACUCAGGAACCAAAGUUUCUUAGCAAGGGAAUGAUACCAUAUACAACUGUACAUAAACUGUGAAUGACACAUUUGCAGUUGAACUUGUGGUCUGGUGCAAAGAACACACCAGGACUUGAUGUCCUGGUCUCUCCCCUGUCAAUACUGUGUGUGGUUUGUUUUUUAAUCAGUCCAGAAAGCCCUGCCCUGCCUGUUCCCUCAAGACAGAAGAAAGUGCCGUGAAGUGAUGGAGGUGAAUAUAUAUCCUGCAAGGCUGAGUGCCUUCUAUGCAGAAAAGGUUAUUUGUUCUGAUUUUUGGAGAAGUUGUAUGAGAGGGAGGGAGUGUUCUGCUCUGUCCUCCCCACCCCCCCACAACCCUUGGGAUACAGUAUCUUGACACUGCUUUCUGGUGUCAAGAAGAAAAACCCAGCCUGGCUUUCUGUGAACAGUCAGUGGCCCUGUUUGUUGGAUAGCAAGGGUGGAGGCUGGACCAGUUGGUACCAGGCCCAGUGUCUUGAACGCUGAUGCCACUUGACUCCUAGCAAAUAGAGCUGGAGUGUGGAGCUUUGUCCAGUGUAUUAAGUGUCCCUGCUUGGGGGCAGGGGCUGGUGACAGAGCCAUCACGGGAUGGUCCUGAUGUCUGGCCAGAACUUCCUGUUUAAUCCCUUUUUCUGCUACGUGGUCUGUGUUUCCUCCUACAUGGGAAGAAGUCCACAGUUUUGUCACUGACCCUGAACGACUUGUGGGGCUUCUUGUGUCCGAUGUUGGAGACAGGCCUAUACCUCACCUGUUGGCCUUGGUUUCUGUGUCUGUAAAAUGUAGAUGGUAAUAUUCACCUUGCAAAGUCAUGGUGAGGAUUAAAUGAGAUCGCCAUAUUUAGCAAGGAGCCUGCAUAGACCAGGUGCUCAGUACAAGUUUGUUCCUUUCCCCUUCAUUGUUAAUUCUGGAGAUCACUGUCUCUGGGAAGCUGGGAUGAGCCAGCAAGAAGGAGGUUGAAGACUAGUCAAGGUUUGGGAGAAAGGACUCCUUGACAGCUCGAGGUCCAGGCAGCCCUGGAGGAGGUGGAGGACUUGAGCUGGACAGGGUUCAGGUGAAAGGGAGAGGAGGUCCAGGGGAGGUCACUGGAACUGAUGAGUACUUUGAAAGCAAAAAUAGGCCCAGUGCUGAUGAAUAGCCCCGUCUCGGGCCCAUGUCUCAUGAUUUGGGGUCUGGUAUUCCUUGCACCACCCCUGACUGGGGAGGGGCUAAAAGGAGAGGUGGGUGCAUAUAGAAAUCCCAGGCUCCAGCAGCUGUGUUUUGCAGACAUCUACCCUUUGCAUAGUUCCUACCUACUGGUCUCUCACGGCUCAGCCUCCUCUAGGAAGCUCUGGAGGCACUGAAGAUGUCCCACUGUAAGGACUUGGGUCUCAGCCCCUGCGCCACCUCAUGGUGCUCUGGCUGCACCUCGGCCCUUCUUCUGAAGGCGCUGAAGUCUGUUGUUUCUGAAUCCCCAGCCCCUUCACAGCGGGCUUGCACACGCCCGGAGCUCAGUAGCGGUGGGUUGGUAGGCUUUAGUCUCUUUGACAAUUCUCUGGGGAAGGUGAGAUUGUAAUGCACUGAGGUACACUCUCUUCAAGGGUGGGCAAAGUAGGGCUCUUUAACAACGACAAAAAACCACAUCUUUUUUGGAGGCCCCUCAUGCCCUGCUCGCCACUGAGUGGACUGUUUUGGAGAACACAUCCCUAGGACUGAGUCCGGCCCAGAGCCCUCUGAUGAUAAAUGGGGCUGGUCACAAACCUUAGGAUAGCAGCGCUGAGAGAGCCUGGCCUCCUUCCUGUAUCCGUCACCUUCUAAGGGAGGCCAGGCAGCAGGGAGGGGACAAGGAUGUGCAUGGCUGGGGAGAGCUGCCUGGUCUCGCUGACUGGCAAAGUUCAAGUUCACUAGGAGGGAGGCUGUUCAGGUUUCACUUUGCAGGAGCUAUAGGGAGCAAGGGGCGGGGGGAACUUCCCAGUGGCCUGAACGUGCCAAGCUCCCCAUUCUUCUCCUGCGUUCCUCUGCCCCCACCCUGGGCCAAGGGAUUUCUUGGUACCAUACCCCCACCUUGUAGGAGAGUGUUUAUUGUGGCCCAAGUAGAGAAAGAAUUUAGUUACUGAUUUCUGCCAGGAACAGAGUCCAGCUCUGGGAAGGAGUAGGGAAGAGGGCAAUUCUGCCCCCAGAUGUCUUGGUUACUCGGAUCAGUUUCAGGUGACCGCUGACCCUUGGCACUCUGUUGUACUGGAGCAAUGUGUAGGCAGGUAAAGGAUGGGGUAAGUGCAGCUGGGGAGCCCUUCUCUACCUGGUUCUCCUUGGCUCUCAUUGGUGGAAGGCUAUAACCGCGCCCCCUCCCCACCAGUGCCAUGUGGCCUUGUCAGUGAGCACUCAGUGGGCACCUGUCCCUGGUGAGCGCCCUGCCUGGGGCUGGGGGCGUGGGUGUGAGGUCACAAAGCUGCACGGUUGUAAAGAACCUGACAGCAUCUAGACUAGCUCUCAUUUUACAGGUGCAGGAGCUGAGUCCCAGAGAGGUAGAGUGGCUUAUUCUAGGCUACACAGUUAUAAGAGUUGCUGAAACUGGACUACACUGUCCAGGCUCCUACUUCAGUGCACUUUCUAGAAUUUUCGAAUGGUUUGAAUUUUCCAUUCAGCCCUUUUUACCUGUGCAACGUUGGGUGUGUUAAUGAAUUUCUGAGACUCCAUUUUCAUCCUUGUGAAAUAGGAAUAUUCAAUAAUUUGUAGGAUUGUACAAAUGGUAUGAAUUAGAGAAGGUUUGGCAGGUACAUGCAGACACCUCCUGGACGGUUAGCAGGUGUCAGCCGCCGUGAUUAUUUUCCCUGUGGCUGGGAACCACCCUGUCUCCUCACUGGGGUUGUUUAUCCCACCUUUCCUUUCCCUUUGCAGCCUCCAGCACCAGGCAGGUCUGCUGAGCGACCUCUGCUCACCUGCCGGGCCAGCACCUGGGGACGCAUUUACAUUCCUGGCAUUCCUCUUGCCUUUGGGGGCUGAAAGAGGCACUGGUGCCCAGGUGGGAGGCACGUGGGUGAGGGGGAUGGAAGCUGAGAAGAGGAUCAGUGUUGGUCCCCCUCCGACCUCUGCUGCUCCUGUUGGGAAUGAGAAACCCCCUCCCAAGUUUCUCGGCUGAGGAAGCCCAGACAACUGAAGAAGUGGUUGCCAGAAACUUCCACAUACUUCCUCCAAACACACUACACGACUGGGAAGUUGGUGGUAUUAAGCUAAGUUGCCUCGCCUGUCAAAUGGGUAUACUCAUCGUACCCGCCUCGCCAGGCGGUUGGAAGAUUAAAACGCUUGGAAGAGGGCCUAGCAUGCAGUAAACCUCAGUGUUAGCUGCUGUUAGUAAGUGCAGAUGAGGAAACUGAGGUUUAGGGAGGUCAGUUAACAAGGUCACAUAGCUACAGUGACAUAUGGAGAUGGCACGCGAACCCAUGCCAGGCCUCGGCCACCCUAUAGAAUGCACUGGGUUCGGGAAUGUCUGGGCUCCGAGGCCUGUGGCACCUGGGGUGGGAGAGAGCUCCAGGCUGAAGAAUACGGAUUGUCUUGGUUUGGAGAGCACUUGGUCAAGGUGACCCCGAGUGGCCUUGGGUCGUAGCUGUUUGCGGAAAGGAAGUCUGAUUGGGAGACACAGUUGCCUGGAGUCAGAUGUGUGUCUGUUUUGACCACCCGCAGGGGGUGGCCACGUGAUUCUGGGAGGGGUGCUUCGGCUAGACCAGCCAAGGUGAGGGCCAGGCCAGCCCCAGAAUUCCUGUCGCUGGACUGGAGAGGGGAGGGGAGGGGAGAUCGGAGCAGGCUCCAGGGACUGCCCGCUGUCCUUUCCCCUCCCCUUCCCCCAACCUCCUCUGGCAUGUGUUUCCUUUCAGAAGCUGUGCUGGGGCUCUCAGACGGGGCGACAAAAGCAACUUCCCUCCAAGCCACUGCCACCUGUUGGGUUUUCAUACAUUGGGGGUGAGCGGGGGGAGGGAGCCGUUGCCCUUUUCCCAGUAUCUGCAGGGUGCCCCCUCUGCGCCCCCAGGGACUGGGAUUCUCUUUGCUGCCCAGUGUGGCGGGGCUCGGGAGCUGGAGGGGGUGGGGGCCCGCAGCAGCUGGAAGGGGAAUCGAGCGGGAAGGGGCCGGUGCUGGCAGCCGGGAGGGAGUUUGAUGGAUUACUCUGCAGGCCGAGAGGUUUCUCCCUAAUCCCCCUUUGUGUCCCGGCCUGCCGGCCCCUCACUCUCUCUGACAAGCUGCUAAGCAGAAGCCUUCCAGUCCGAGGGAAGAAAAGGCAGCGCCGCAGGGCGGACUCUAAAUCCCUGGCCUCUGGGCCCUGGGGAGGCAGGAGCUAGGGAGCAAGUCUGGAUGGGGGUGGGGCCUCCUCUCUGCUGAUGUCGGGGUGGAGAGGUUGCACUCUGAGUGGGGUUCUCAGGUGUCUGUGGGAGCACUGGGAGGUUGUGGGUCUUCGCUCCUCGUGCAAAUCACUGUUGCCUUCGGUAGGGUAGGCUUGGGGGGAGCAGACCCUUGCUUCUUUGGAAGUACGUGUGUGAGCUCAGAGAAACAAAGACUAAAUAUGUGUUGGAAGGCAUGGAAGCCGUGCUUAGACUAGUCCUGUGUCCCCCUCUCCCUAGCUGCCCAGGCAGAAAUUCCCACAGCUCAGCAUCCCUGACGAGGGGGUCUGUCACGGUGGAGAGCUCAUUGCCUCACAAGGAUGUUCAUCUCCAGUCUGCUGUCUGGCCAGCGCAGGCUCUUUCUGGGCUGUCCCAAGACUCCUGUGGACCUGCCGUGAGGGCAGAGCUCAUUUUGGGAGUGCCAUAUGCUGGGUUUUACGAGGCACUGGUCCCCUAGGACUUCUUCUGUGCCCCCAACCUAGAGGAUCUGGGAGAGCACAACUUGGAAUGAGAUUCUGGGGUCCAGCCCGCUGUGGAGGAACAGGGGUCCCCCUUCCCGUGCAGUCUCACGUCCUCUACCUGUGGGCUUCUCCCCACCUGCAGUCCUGGCCUGGGCCAGAUGGCCCGGGCUGGGGUGUGCGUUAGGGAGAUUGGCCUGGAGUGACCCCACCCCUUUCUGCAGCUGAGUCAUUCCUCGUGGCUGGCCUACCCCAUCCCCAGUUUCCCUCUCUGCAGGGAGGGGCUUCCCAGUGGCCGCGUGAGAAAGAGCACAGUCUUUGUGAGCGUGGAGGGAGGAUGCAGGGUCGUCGGCUCGCGGGGUCAGGGUGCGGCCGUUUGAUGUGCCUGGCCGGCUGUGGGGACGCUGGCCCGCAUAAAGAGGCCAUAGAAUUGCUGCCUGACACUGGCCCACUGCGGGGCUGCCCCCAGCCCGGCUCCCUCUGACCUCUGUCCUUCAGCGGAGGGAAUCUGCUCCCCCAGCUCCACCUCAGCCGCGAGGGGUGGCAGGAGCCCCUUUGAAAGCCCUCAAAGGCCUCUUUAUAUAUCCCUCUGACACUCCCUUCCCAGAGGAGCUACCAGGAGGUGCCUUUCCUCCUGCCUCCUCCACUCUUGAAUUCUGGAGAAAGUUCAGGCCAAGUUUGUUCCUGUUGCUCAGUUUCAUUUCCCUGUGCUCCCUGCUGAGGUAGCGGGGUGGGCAGGGAUGGGGCAUUCCAGCCUGGGAGGCUCUGUCCCAUCCACUCACCACCUUUGAACCCUUAGGAGAGCUGCCCCCUCUGGGGGUCGGGCUGGAAUUUCCUUGGUGCGUGGGGGGAUGGGGGCAGGCGCUUAGGUCUUUCCUGUCUCUUCCGCCUCCCACUCCCAGGCUGCUUUCAGCCAUCUAUCCUGUAGGUAAGCAUUUCCCAGGCCCCUUCUCAUGCUAGGGUGGGUGCUGGAGAGUUGCAGUGGAGCCUACAGCCUGCUCUGGGGGUGCACUCGAAGUCUCCCGGUGUCUGGAGCUGGGUAGGUAAAAUGCAGGUUCCCCGAACGUGCCCACGGCUCUCAGUCUCCAGGGCUGGAGCUCUGCUCCCCCAAGGGUGAGGGAAGAUGGCCUGGAGCAGAGCUCCCUAAAGGUUCCCAGAAGUCUCGGGUUUCCUCCAGCUUUCUUGCUGUCCCGUUAUCAGGGGGCCCAGGAAAGGGGGGAGAUAUUUGGACCUUGAGAGGGACUUGUCCUCCUUAGAAGGCUGCUUUCACAAGGUUAGGCCAGACUCCCCCUUUCAGGUACCUCCACUUCCCUCCUCUUCCCGCCCCCUCCCCACCAGGUGAGCACUCAGGGGCUGGCUCUUCUGGUUGAGCUUCUGUUUGCCGGACCGGGCGCUCCAGGAGCAGUGGGGCAGGAGGAUCUGAGUCAGAAGCAUCUCUGAGGCUGGAGGGGAGGGUUGGAUCCUGUUUCCCCAUCUGUAUUCCUGAGGAGGGGGGGGAGCCCCUGAAACAGAGGGACCCAAUGGGGAUCUGUCACUUUCAAGCUUUGGGAAGAAGUGUGCCCUGGGGCUGUGGAUUGGAGUGGGUGUGACAAACUGCUUCCUGUUCCCCUCUGAACCUGGGACCCUGGGGCCUGGGCUUUUCUCUUUGUGUCCUUGGGAAGAAGGCCCUGUAGGGGCCGCUGGUGACUUGAGCUUGUGCUGUGGGUGUCCUCUGUAGUUUCUUCCACGUGAGGGCUGGGGUGGGGAUGCAGUGGGGGAGGCUGGGGCACUGGGGAAGCUGUAAGGAGGAGAAAGGGGGGACUUUGGAAGGGAGAGUAUUCUUAUGGGCUUGGACUUUUCUCGGGCACUUCUGGGCUGGGAAGAGUCAAGUCUGUGGUGGCGAGAGUGCCCAAAAGAGGGAGGACGGGCUCAGCAACCUAAGAGGAGAGGGGUGCAGAGCAGGGCUGGAGCCCGCCCACUUCCUACCCAACUCCUUUCAAGGAAUUCCUUACCUGGCCCAGCCCCUGGUCACUGGGUAAAGCACCUCUGCGGGUGGAGAGAGGGGCUGGGAGGGGGAAGCAGCUGGGCGGGGGAGGCGCUGGGCUGUAGGAGGAUUUUGCCUUUCUCCCUCGUGGGCUGUGGAGGUCCUGCUUGGUGCUGGGAGUGGGGAGCUGGAUUAAGGGAGGGAGUAAGUCAGGUGGGGUGAUUAACGUUUGCUGGAGAGCUGCAAUUUAUUUAAACCACAGGGAGCAACCAGGGCUUGGGUGCAUGUUGUGGGAGAGGCUGCGUCUGAUAAAGUCUGUUUACUCAGGGAGGACCUGGUCCCUUUAAAACCCAGGGCAGGUGAGUCUCCAAGGCCCUCCCAGACUUGGUGGAACUUGGGGGAGGCGGCUGCCUAGCCUUGUCUGAAGUCCCUUCCUUGGUCUAUAAGCUGCAAAGCCCUGGAAGGCAGUUACGGAACGGACACAUCUUACCCAGGAUUGAUGGCCGUCUGUUUCCUUUGUGGCACAGCUCAGAGAGCAACCUACAACAUGCUUCGUAACACAAAAGUCCCUGCGGGGCUUAGUGAUAUUUGAAACGAUAAAAGAAGUUGAAGCACCAAGUCAUGAGCUGCUGAGAUUGGAAGAGGGCAUGAGUGAGGGCCGAGGGUGCUCCAGGAAGGCUCUCAGGUGGGCCCAGGCCCUUGGCAGUAAACCUUGCACAGGAGCAGUGCUCUUUAACAGUGUCAAUGGGGUUGAGUCGGUGAGGCCGGGGAAGGCACUCCAGACUCUGGCCAUAAGUGGCGUGAAGCUCUGUCCACCCGUCUACGCCGCCAUGGGAUGGAUGACAGGUUGGGGGACUAGGCCCCACCCUCUAUACCUUCUCUGCAUAGCUGACUUGAUUUCCCCUCUUUUGUGGUCACUUGUAAACAGCGGACUGCAGUGGGUGCCACAGUCAGGAAGCAAGACCUGGAGGCCCACUGCCUGUGGGUGGAGGACUCAGGGUGGGUACUCCCCUGGUGGGAUGUGUCUGCACAGGAGGCCUAGCAGGAAGGGCUGUGGGGACGUCUGCUGAGAGUGGAGCCAGGUGGGGAGAGAGGAAGUCUGCCCCGGGGUCACUGACAUCAUCGCAGUGGCCGCCAGGUGGUGCGGUUUCAUGCCCCUGUGAGGCUGGAACCUGGGACCGGUCCCACUGUCCCCUGAGAGUUGAGCAGCGCGUGUGGGAAUAUGUCCUCCCCAUGGACGUUGAGCAUGGAGAGAAACUCAAGGUAGAGGUUUUCAGGCCUAGGUUCUUCCCGGGGAGCGCUUUUUUUUUUUUUUUUUUUGCGGUACGUGGGCCUCUCACUGUUGUGGCCUCUCCCGUUGCGCAGCACAGGCUCCAGACGCGCAGGCUCAGCGGCCAUGGCUCACAGGCCCAGCCGCUCCGCGGCAUGUGGGAUCUUCCCAGACCGGGGCACGAACCCGUGUCCCCUGCAUCGGCAGGCGGACUCUCAACCACUGCGCCACCAGGGAAGCCUGGGGAGCGCUUUUUAAGUGGUUUCAGUGAGAGGUUAAAACCCAACCCGACGAACCACAGCCUCUCUGGUCUUCCUCCUUGCCCUCGUCCUUGGGGUGGAGUUAUGGUGCAGCAUGGCUUGUGGCCAGGUAGUAUGGAAGAGGAAGUGUGACUCUUAACGAAGGGGAAUUGAACAGCCCAGCUUUGGGAAGUAGAGAGAGAAAAGCGAACAAACCAGGCCUGGCAGAGGGUCUCCAGGGGGCACCUUGGUAAACAGUGCCUCGGGAACUGGGAAUUCAGUUGGUUUGAUUUUUUUUUUUUCCUUCAAUACUAGGAAACAAGGGCAAUUGCAAAGAUAUUCCAAAACAGAGAAUUACUGACAUCUAGUUGGCUCUGGAGUGUACUGAGGUUUAAAAAUCAUAUUUACCUUAUGAAUAUGUCAACCUUAGGCUAGUAUUAACAUGCACUUCCUGAUUGGCCAGUAGGGAGUGACACCUGGGUGGCAGGGCCACACCAUCAGCCCGGGAGUGAACAAGAUUCAGAAUUCAGAGCAAAUCCUGGAGAUCAGAUUCACGGGAAUCUCUGUGUGUGUGAUUGUCCCAGCUCUUUUAGGAUCUGAGUGUUGAGUUAUGUCCCCACCGAGGCACCCCACGACGACAGACAGGCGGUUAGCAUGGCUGAGAAACUAGACCUGCACGGAGGGCCCGCAGAAAUGGGUUUCUGGCUGAGUCCUACGCGGUCGGUGGCAGCGAGGAGGAGAGGCCUAGGCGUCUGGAGCAAGGCUGAGAUGGAGCAGUCCUGGAGUGUGUGAACAGGCCGGAGCCCUACCCGCCUGGCGCAUCAUGGUCCAGAGGCUGGGGGUGAGCCGCCUGCUGCGGCAUCGGAAAGCCCAGCUCCUGCUGGUCAACCUGCUGACCUUCGGCCUGGAGGUGUGCCUGGCUGCGGGUAUCACCUACGUGCCACCCCUGCUGUUGGAAGUGGGGGUAGAGGAGAAGUUCAUGACCAUGGUGCUGGGCAUCGGUCCGGUGCUGGGUCUGGUCUCGGUCCCGCUCCUAGGCUCGGCCAGCGACCACUGGCGUGGGCGCUAUGGUCGCCGGAGGCCCUUCAUCUGGGCCCUGUCCCUGGGCGUCCUGCUGAGCCUCCUCCUCAUCCCGAGGGCCGGCCGGCUGGCGGGGCUGCUGUGCCCGGACACCAGGCCCCUGGAGCUGGCGCUGCUGAUCCUGGGCGUGGGGCUGCUGGACUUCUGUGGCCAGGUGUGCUUCACGCCGCUGGAGGCCCUCCUCUCUGACCUCUUCCGGGACCCAGACCACUGUCGCCAGGCGUUCUCCGUCUACGCCUUCAUGAUCAGCCUGGGGGGCUGCCUGGGCUACCUUCUGCCUGCCAUCGACUGGGAUGCCAGUGCCCUGGCCCCCUACCUGGGCACCCAGGAAGAGUGCCUCUUCGGCCUGCUCGCCCUCAUCUUCCUCACGUGCGUGGCAGCCACACUGUUUGUGGCUGAGGAGGCAGCGCUGGGCCCAGCCGAGCCCGUGGAAGGGCUGUCGGUCCCGUCUGUCCCACCCCACUGCUGCCCGUGCCACGCCCGCCUGGCUUUCUGGAACCUGCGCGCCCUCUUUCCCCGGCUGCACCAGCUCUGUUGCCGCAUGCCUCGCACCCUACGCCGACUCUUCGUGGCCGAGCUGUGCAGUUGGAUGGCAUUCAUGACCUUCACACUGUUUUACACAGACUUUGUGGGCGAGGGGCUAUACCAGGGUGUGCCCAGGGCUGAGCCAGGCACCGAGGCCCGGAGACACUAUGAUGAAGGGGUCCGGAUGGGCAGCCUGGGGCUGUUCCUGCAGUGUGCUAUCUCCCUGCUCUUCUCUCUGGUCAUGGACCGGCUGGUGCAGCGAUUCGGCACCCGGGCAGUCUAUCUGGCCAGCGUUGUGGCUUUCCCCGUGGCUGCCGGUGCCACGUGCCUGUCCCGCAGCGUGGUGGUGGUGACCGCUUCAGCUGCCCUCACUGGGUUCACCUUCUCUGCCCUGCAGAUCCUGCCGUACACGCUAGCGUCCCUCUACCACCGGGAGAAGCAGGUUUUCCUGCCCAAAUACCGCGGAGAUGAUGGAGGUGGUACCAGUGAGGACAGCCUGAUGACCAGCUUCUCGCCGGGCCCUAAGGCCGGAUCUCCCUUCCCCAAUGGACACGCGGGUGCUGGAGGCAGCGGCCUGCUCCCUCCUCCACCUGCACUCUGCGGGGCCUCUGCCUGCGAUGUCUCCAUGCGUGCAGUGGUGGGCGAGCCACCGGAGGCCAGGGUUGUUCCGGGCCGAGGCAUCUGCCUGGACCUUGCCGUCCUGGACAGUGCCUUCCUGCUGUCCCAGGUGGCCCCGUCUCUGUUUAUGGGCUCCAUUGUUCAGCUCAGCCAGUCUGUCACUGCCUAUAUGGUGUCGGCUGCAGGUCUGGGUCUGGUUGCCAUUUACUUUGUCACACAGGUGGUAUUUGACAAGAGCGACUUGGCCAAAUACUCUGUGUAGAGUACUUCCAACCCAUUGAGGGAGGACCUGCCUCACUGGGUCCCAGCUCUCCCUAUUCCAGUCCCCCGUUGGCGGUGGGGCUGUGGGCUGGCCUUCCAGUUUCUAUUGCUGCCAAAGUGGUGUGGCUCUCUGCUGCCGCCCUGUGGCAGUGAGGUGUAUAGCUGCACAAGUAGGGGACUGGGGCUUCUUCCCUCCCACCUCUCCUCAGUCUUUAGGGCUGGCUGACUGGAAGCUCUCCAGCAGGCUUCAGUCUGGACUUCCACAAGGAAAGAAGGGCAGGGCAUUUAAUUAACUCUGUGCACUGGAAUGCAGGACUCUGCCGGGGGAUCACCCAGGCUCAGGGUUAACAGCUAGUGUCCUGGUUGAGAAAUACCCAGAGAAGGGAUUUGGGGAGCUGAGUAAACUCAGCCACCUCGUCUCCUGCAACCAAGGCCUCUUAUCCCAUAGGUUCUCCCAGUGUCGCUCUUGCGUGGGAGUUUGUGAUGUGAAACGGCUCCUCUACAGGAUUUGAAAGUAUGAAAGUUAUUGGGGGACGCGGUCCCGAGGGGAGAAGGGAAGCUGCCUAGCCCCACAGCGCCACCUCUCUCCUGUUCCCCCUCCCCUGCAUUUUAUUAGGACUUGGCUUGUUGGCCCCUGUGUUGCCAUCACAGGGACACGGGUUUUUAAAUAAUUAACUUAUUUAUUUAAGUAGAAGGGGAAUCGAGGUGUUUAGGGGUUGGGUAGGAUGAGAUCCCUAAUGACUAGGUCCCCUGAGACGAUUGGUUAUUGGGCUGAGAAUUGUCAGAAUCUCCUUCUCCUGGAGUGAUUGGUCUGGCCCCAGAACUGCCUAACCCUGAGCCUGGAAGCUCUGCUUACCCCAACUGAUAUCCCAAAUCCUGUUACCCAAGGCGGGGAGGGCUGGGGAAAUGUGAAGGGUGGGGCUUCAGGUCUCAGCAGCCUCCGUAGCCUCACCUCCCCUCUUGGCCCUGCCGUCCCCCCCAGCUCCCCUCUGCUCCCUCUAGGACUGGGCUGAUGAAGGAGCUGCCCAACCCCACCUUUCCCCACUGGCUCCACAGCCCUCUCCUUGGGGCUGUUUUGGGACCAGAAGCACAGAGUGUGGCUCCUUGAGCCUUUAUCCGUCUCAGCCCCCAGGGCGUAUCUGUGCUUGGGGAAUCUAGCACAGAAACUCAGGAGCACCCCCUGCCUGGGCUAAGGAGGUCUUAUCUCCGGGGGCUUUAAGUGCCGUUUGCAAUAAUGUUAUGUCUUAUUUAUUUAGUGGAGUAAAUAUUUUAUACUGUAUGUGAGCAAUCAGAGUAUAAUGUUUAUGGUGAUGAAAUUAAAGCCUUCUUAUAUGUUUAA